AUGAUAAUGUUCAGCUUAGAGGAUAGUGUCAGCCUAGCCUGCACCAGUCCCAUCAGCACUGCACCAGUCCCAGCAGCACUGCACCAGUCCCAUCAGCACGGCACCAGUCCCAUCAGCACUGCACCAGUCCCAUCAGCACUGCACCAGCCCCAUCAGCACUGCCUCAGUCCCAUCAGCACUGCACCAGUCUCAUCAGCACUGCACCAGUCCCAGCAGCACUGCACCAGUCCCAUCAGCACGGCACCAGUCCCAUCAGCACUGCACCAGUCCCAGCAGCACUGCACCAGCCCCAUCAGCACUGCAGCAGCCCCAUCAGCACUGCACCAGGCCCAUCAGCACUGCACCAGCCCCAUCAGCACUGCACCAGUCCCAUCAGACCCUGAAGGACGUCACCCUCAACUGCAGGCCCAGCACCUCACACAUGAGCAACAGAGCAACGGACACCCAGCCCUGACCAGCGAGACCCCCUCCCAGACCAGCGAGACCCCAUCCCAGGCCAGCGAGACCCCCUCCCAGACCAGCGAGACCCCAUCCUAG